AUGCGCUUAGGCGGUAAGGCGGUCUUUGAACGGUGUGCCCCGCGUGUGCGCCCACCUUUCCCCCCGUUCGGAAUCUUCCCGAACCCUCCGGCUCCUCGUUCUUUCGUUCUUUUGCCUAUCGUCCGUCUUACAUCACGCGUCAUCGGUCGGCCUCGCUUCCCCGCGGCGCGUUACCCACGUCGCGUCGACGGCUCUCAUUACCCGCCUCCGCACGCACGGAAUACAAUUGGGUAAACACAAAUCGGACGCCAAUUUAUUUUUCUUCGAGAAACGUCAGCGGACGAGCGACGACGAGAACAAAAAAAAAAAAAAAGAAAAAAAGAAAAGGGAACGCGGGAGACCACGUCACGGGAGAUCACGUCCUGAUGGCGACAAAGAUUUACUGCGUAUCCGGAUAUCGAUUGUGUGCGGCACGCUAGUUAUGUUCGAAACGUCGGGCAUUACAGCUGAUUGUGAGAAGUGGUACGCCGCCGUCCCGUCGAGAUCGGAGCCCGGAGCGACAAGAUGAGAGCAAAAGUGCCGCUCGUCAUUUGCAUCGCGGCACUUUUCGCGGCGAUUUUCGUGGCCACGCGCGGCGACGAUGAAGUUCAACAAGAUUCCGUGACGGCGCGGGAUGUCGAGAGUACGGCAGAUUGCACGAGAGUGUUGCACGAUAAAAUUUUGAUGACGCCUGUUUCAUCAAGUGAAGAGGACGAUUACAAAAGCAGGAGGAGUGCUUAUCCUCCGCCCAGGCGUAACAAUCGUCCGACACAUCGCUCUCGUUCGAGGUCGAAUGCGAAAUCGAGAAGCACAACGAAAGGCGACGCAUACCACGACUAUCUGGUUCAGGACAGUCGCGGAGGAUUGGAGUCGCUUCUGGUGAAAUUGAUCGAAGCGCUGGAGAACGAUUCCAGAACGGACGAUCCCGACAUAACGAACUCGAGUGUCAUCGACAAUGUGAGCAGCUUCGACGAUGUAGAUCGUUGUCAAAAAUGGCUGGACAACUGGGAGAAGAUCGAGAAAGCUUUUCCGGGAUCUGUCGCCAAUUUGCCAGCGUGUCCCUGCAUGUAUCCGAACGACAUCUUCUACAACAAUGAGAUUUGGGACGAGAAGCGGCAGAGGAACUUUCGGUGGCGCGACGUGAGUCACGAGAAGGACCGGCUCGCGAUUUACAAACCAGGCGCCGUUUACUGCGUGCAGACUCUACCGUCUCAGGAAAGCGAGAGCGCCAGCGUGCAACAUUGUUGCUAUGAUGAGAAAAGAAAACUACUGACUCGCGGUUCCGGUGCCGGCACACCGUAUAUCGUCAGCCCGGACAUUUCGGAGCUGCUGCACGACAAGAUCGAUUUGCUGCCUUGGCGGCUUUGCAAGGGCGACUUCACGAGGUACAACGAAGCGAGAAUACCAAAUAACGGUAAUAACUGCGAGACGAACCCGGAUAACGAAGAGUACCAAAGUCAAGUAGAAAAUGCGAAAAAUUAUUGAGAUACAAUAAUAUGGUUACAAAAAAGUACAAAAAAUACUUGCGUAAUUUCCACUUCAACUGUGUUCGCAAAAGAGAAUAGCCUAACAAAUUCAUAUUUAUUUCCUAUAUCUUUGUACGUUAAACAUUUUAGUUUUACAUCCAACGCAUGUUGAAAAGAUCAUUUAAGAAUACCGUGUGUUGUUGGCAAUGUAAAAGUUAUUUUUUUUUCAUUUGCGCACAUUUGUUUCCGUUUUACAUUAGCCUUCGCAACAUAUUUUUAUAUUUGUUUUACUAUGUUUUAUUGAUCGAUUUUAAUCACAUAUACUAAUUUAAUUGAAUGUAUAUGCAUUUAAAGAAGACUGUAGUCGAAACUAGCAUUGCAAUUUUUUUCUUGUACAUUAUAGUAUGUUUAUUGCAUAUUACAAAAUUCAUAUUUUUGUUCGUUUUCGGCCUUUGUAUUACUUUU